CGCGGGCUCAUGAGAGCCGCCGCUCGCCCACCUCGCUGAGUCACUCAGCCAGCGCUCCAUGGUCGGGCCACCACCCUCUUAGCUGGGCUAUCCACGUCGAUCAUGGACGCGAAUCGCCGCCACCGCCCCCGCCGAAUGCAGCCACAGCCUCCGAUCGAAUCAAGUCAAGAGCUCAGUGAGGCGGCGGCUUGCUCAGUUGCUUCGCUUGAACGAAACGUAUCAAGACAACGAAGAGUAUCAAGACAACAUCAUCUUCGAUGAUGACCGACACCGCGAGCUAGCCAGACUCGACAUCCUCAGUCAUGUUGAUCAGCAAGCAUUCAAAGAGACGCAGAAGAGAUUGCAUCAACUUCUGCGUGAAUGCCCUCUUUUUGAGCUCUUGGCUCGCUGCAAUGAUGACAUGACAGAGCUACCUUCGGCAAUCAAUACCUCUCACAACAUUUGCCACACCACUCUGAUUCAAGAAUAUCUGCUCGAUCGCGAGCAAUGGCUUCCUAUUGCCCAGUCACUCUGCAAGUGGGUGCAGGAGCGCGUAGUUGCUGAGCCAACUUUAGCCGCGGCGCUUGGCGAGUCUGGCGCUCAUAGCCAGAGCAAAGCCGUGGGUAAACGACUUUGGCAGCGCCAUCUGCUCCCUGUGCGCUGGCGAUGUUGCGCCCUUGCUCUUCAGCCAAACUGUCCGCCCUGUGUGUCCCAGCUGGCCUCGAAACAAGCUGAUACGGGAGAUGCGCUGCGCGAGCUCAAGCACAUUGCUGGCCAGAUGGAGCAAAUUGCUAGUUGGCUUGAGGGACUGGCUUGGGUUGCCAUCGCACAUACCAAAUCAAGAAGCAGCGACCAACUCUUGCAAAUAUGGGACACUUUUCAGGAGAUGUUGGUGCCAACCGCCGACGAAAUUAACUUUGAAUUUGCCCUCGCUGUGCUCUUCCAAAAUCAACUACCUGCCCUGUCAAACGCACUGCUGAGAUCCAACGACUUGGUGAAGGAUCUCAACACCCUGAAAAGCAACUUGAAGAAGCGCAACGACCGAAAGUUAUCCUUGAAAAAGCCGUUGCAAAAUGAUCGAGCCAAAAUCAUCCUCCAGGUGGCUAUGGUUCCGUUCCGCGAAUUCUCGACCGACACUGACAUGCGUGCCAAUUUGGACUGCUACGACGGCACUCCACAAGAUUUGAAAACAGUCAGUCUGACGAUAAAUCAACCCCUUUCCAGCAAGCCUGCGCGGCCCACGCGAUCUGAAGCGUUGCUUCAGAGCAACAUCAUCUGCCGCAUCGAAGGGCCAAGCGUUAAGAUGGUCGGCGGCGAUACUCUCCAAGUCAUUCAAUAUGUACUGCCCUUGGAUAUCCAGCUUUGCCUUGUCGACUGCGACCAGAGUUACUUUGCUGACUUUCGAUCGCAUCUCUUUGCCACCAAUCCCAAUGACCUCUGGCUUCUCCAAAGAAACUCAAAGUUGACGGAGGAUCCACAAGCCACGGACCUGGAUACGUGGUACACCCCACAAAAGGCAAUUGAAGACUGUGGCGCCUCUCGUCUUGUCUUCAAGAUCAACAAUCAGACGUUUGAAUACAACCGCAACACGCUGUGCUUUCUACCACUGGAUGGCUCAGCAUUUGACUCACACGAGUUUUUGCGCGUAGCACCCACCCGUGCUCACUGCCAACUGAACGGCAUAGUUCGUCCUGUGCUUGUUUUGGGCAUGCAAGUCAACUGUGGGCGACGCCGAGCAUCGAAUUUGAGCGAGCUGGAACAGCUUAGGAUUCAGCAAGACAAAAUGAUCGGCACUGGCAAUUUGCAAACCAUUUCUGUGGACGCUGAAGUACUGACGGUCGCCCUCUUUGCCUACUUUUAUUGCUGGGACAAGCUUCCUCGAAACGGGUUUGAUCGAUUGCGUCAUCAUCCUCUCAUUGCCGAUUUCAACGCUCCAGCCAUGCGACAAGCUUUGCAGCAGUUGACCAACAAGUCAGGCUUUGUGCUUGACAGCUCGUACUGGAAUGAGCGACUCUGUCUGGAGGCCAACGCCAGAGCACAACCCGCCGAGCAAGUUUUGCGGCAACUCCUUUCCGAAGAGUCUCACUAUGAGCUCAACUUAAUUGCCGUGUUGAGCCCAAAGCUCUUCGAUGAGGUCCAACGCCUUUGCUUGCAGGGCUCGGGAGGAGACCGGCACAGCAUGUGGCGCCCCACAAUCUUGCGCUUCAAUGUGGAUCGCAGCAAUCUUGAAGCUGUCAAGCAAAAGCUGUUUGGCCUCGCCGCAUCCUUUUUAUUAACUAUUGCGGUCGUGCAACUUUCUUCCCAGCUGGCGGCCAACGACAUCUUGUGGCUGUUGGCCCCCUUUGCCUCCCCCGCUUGUUCGAUUCGCUUCAUUCUCCUUGACACAUGCUUACACCUCGAGGAGCUCGAGACUUCAGACAUUGGGCAAUACCUAUUUUACGGCGAGACCAGGCCUGAGACGAAAGCUCCACGGUUGACAUUGCUGGGCGCCGAAUCCCAGGUGGAGCAAGCCAUGCUCAAAGCACCUGUUGUCACUGAGCCACUGUGUGAACAGGCGUGGUGCGACUUGAAAGACCAAUGUGCCAAAGCUCGACAAUGGAUUCCUGAAGCCUUGGAUGCCUUUGCCAACAAGCGCAUGGUGUUUUUUGUGCAUCCGGACCGAGACACGUGCAUCAAUGCUUCUCGUCAACUUUGCCAAGAGAUGGAAAACAAAGAGCGAACCCGCCUCGAGACGUCCAUGAGCACUUCGCGAGAUAGUGAGGGUCACGAGUCAGAUUCGAAGCCCAUCUGCACGCUGCUCAAAGAGCUUAAUGCCACCGCAUCAGACUUUUUUCAGUCGGUUUCGGCCAUCAUUCGCAACAGGGCCAAGCAGAGUGGUCAUGCGCGCGUCCAGCCAGUGGUCGCUGUGUCCUCAGCCAAUAUCUUACAACCACAGACUCUCAAGGCUCUGCUUUCUGAAGCCAACGAUAACGGGGUUUGCUUGGCUUUCUUCUUUUCGUCUCUUGAUCCCCAGAUCCUUAUGACCGCAAGAGAUGUUCUGAGCAUUGACCCUCGUGUAUUGAAUUACUCUCGUGGAUUCUCUGCCUUGAGCGUCCUUGGUUGGCCCGAGGCAUUAGUGGAUUCCAAUGCAUGUCGCCAAGCAUGGUUCCUCAGCGUUCUUUUUGGCUCGCGUUUUUCCUGGAAUAUGCUCAAUGCUGUAGCCAAGAAAAAUGGCGUCCCAGUGCCUUUGCCACAUAGAGCAAGCGCAAGAGAGCAUCGCCUAAUCGAUGCCAUCAAUGCUUUGAAUGCUCCGGAUGAUGAGCAGAAGGACUUGCUUCAGCAGCUCGUGGCCCGUUUGCACGAUGGAUGGUGCGACCUGUGGGGAGAAGGUCAAGACCAGGCCAAGUCCCAACCUUCCCUGGAGCUGGUUUUCGCAAAUCCAGCCUGGCAGCUUUCUUGCCCUGGCCAUGCGGUGCGCAAAUGGAUUUCUUGCGCCUUUGGGAUCAAGAUGGAUGAAGUGCAACGCAAGUUCGGUCUUGUGCCAGACGUCUUGCAGACAACGGCCCCUGAUCUGUUAUGCUUUGCUGCAGACGAGAAGGUCAAUGCAAAGUCCCCUCCGGCGCUAUUUCAAUACAAUGUGAAACGGCGCUCUCCUCGGCAGAGCCUGACCGAAUACUUGAUGCGUGCUGCCAUGCUCGGAUAUGCCUUGGAUUGGAGAGCGCUCCCUGCUGCAUUUACAGAGCACACCAUGAGUACUCAGACGUUCUUAACCAUCCUCACCAGCAGCGCACAACCCAUUGUAUUGCUCUGUGCCAUAUCUCCUGCAAUUUUGGACACUCAGUUGCAAGGCGCCUCACGUGUCAUGCUGCGACGCUUGUAUUCUUGGCUAGCUCCGACCGAAUCAGAAUUUUCUCUCCUCAAGCUGGCUCAAUUCUACAUUGAGCAGGGGUCAGAUUCAGCUCAGCCUGGUCUAGCACAGCUCGCCAUUUUACUACUUCAUGCUUGCAAGGAUAACAACCCGUCCUUGAUUUCCACACGAGUUGUAGAGCUGCUGAUGAAGCAUCACAUUUCAUUGCGCGUAACGGCGGACAAGGUUCUGCCUGUCUUGAACAUUUUGCUGCGACUUGAUGGCCCCCCCAAUGCACUCUUACAACAGCAAGAGCUACUGGCAGUAGUCGAAACGUGUCGUCCACGCGACCUCGACGGAGCCUUUGAGGAGCUAGCCGGCAGGGAAAAGAAUGCUAGCAUCGGACGCGUGCUGUCAGACACACUUCGCGCGCCCACAUUGCCACCAGGCAGCGUGUUGCGGAAAACAAGGCUUGCAAAGGUCUUGAGUGGCAUGUGCGGCGCGUCGGUUUUACAAGCGAGCGCAGAGCUGGUUGAGAUGGGCUUGCGACUCUCUGACGGACUUUUGGCUGCUUUGUUUGAAGACGUCUGUCGUCACCAUUCUACGCAAAGUGUUGCUGCCACAUUCAGCCUCCUUUUAAAGCUUGAAUCCGCUGUUGACCCAUUGACUCGACUACUUCAAGUGCUGAACGCAAGUCACCAACUACCAGAUGGGCAACUUCUUCUUGACGUAUUGCAGAACGUUCGCCCAAAGGACAACACUUGGGACAACACUAAUCUUCAACACCACCGCUAUGAACGGGAAUUGCAACUCCUGUUUGCACUCAUUGGCGCAGAGCCUCAUGCAGCAGCUCGUAACAUGAUUGCUCUGCUUGAAAAAGAGUCUGUGGCUUCUGAUGACUUGAAGCAAGCAUGGCGCUCAAAGAAAAGCCAGCGAGUCAUUCCAUUGGAGCUUGACGAACUCAGCAGCAUCCGCGAAGAGUUGGUGAGUGCACUGGCCAUUUGCCACGUCGAUGGCCUUGCAUCUUUGGUCUUGACUUUGGAAAGAUUUACGGGAUCACGAGGCCUGGCCAGCAUACUCAGGACCACUGCCAACAUGCUCAAGCGUCCACAACCCAAUACUGUCCAGCUUCAACAGCUGUAUUUGGGCCUAUGGAUGUGUAUUCCGACGGAGCACUGUGAGGUUGACCCCGCGGCUCAACAGGAGGGAUUGCAAAUGAAACCAGGCGCCUUUGACCAACUCCUCAAGUGGGCACAGCAUGAUUCUCUUGGCCUGUACCAACGCUCCAAGACCAUGAGUGGCUUAUCGCAAUUGGCUCAAUGGCUGUAUUGGCCCGAAACCUUGCCAUUGGUGUCUCUGCUCUCAAUUGAAGAACGAUUUAGACCCGUUUCACGGCGAGAGGCGAAGCAGCGCAGUUUCAGCCUGGCCCAAGCGGCUUCUUCUGAGCGGCAGCUGUACACAACGGUCGCCCCACAAUACGUUGACAUGAAUCCGGCCUUGAAUGAGUCCCUGCAAGCUGUGAAAGUGCUUUUGCAAGGAUACACUCAACGACCACCGUAUCCCUCCAUCGUCUAUCUUGUGGACUGCGGGCACAACAAAGACAUCUGUGUUUACAACUUGGCAGCAAUGGCCAUGCUUCACUCAAAGUGCCUGCGCCCCCGAUCCUUGGAGGAGACUGAUGAAGACAAGAAGAAUGUUGCUGCAAAUCUGGCAUAUAUUCACAAUCUGCUUGGAGUGUGGUUUGCUUUGGGUCGAAUCUCACAUCAAGACCUACAAUCUCACCUGCGAGGCCUUCUCGAGGAAGACUAUGAGGCCUUUGCGCCACUAGCCAAUUAUCAAGCCGAGCCAUGCCGUGUGGCGGUCCCAUCAUGCAUCGACGUACAUCACACUGAUUCAGCUGUCCUCGUGGAGCUGCUAUCUCCAAACCCCCAGCCCGUGGACCGUCGCUCGACGAUUGAAGUGCUGAACCUGUUUGGUGGCCCAUUUUCUGUUGCUGAUGUGGAAAAAAGUAAUGAUCUGGAGAAGUUUCUUCAGAUCGCAGAAGACCGCAUGCUUGCUGGCUUGAAUGACGCCACACCUGUUUCUUCGAAAGCAGCGGCCUAUGCUUUGGCGAUGCGACUGUUUUGGGGUCGAAGUGAAGGCUACAGCAGAAGCGCUUCUAGGGCAUCUGUUUGCAGAGUUUUUCAAAAGGUCGCGCAGAAUCGCUACCAUCGUCACUUUUUCAGGCAUUUUUUGCGCACGUUAGGCUUCAACGCCCAAGCGUUUGACGUAGAUUCGAGCUCCAAGUCUGCAGCACUGCAGAUUGCCACACACCUGGCGUCGACGUUGAUAGACUUGGAAGAUCCCUUUCCGGUCUGUGCUGCCACUUUGCGAGAGCUUGUGGCUUUUGUUGAAGGUCAUGGCAUGCUAUCAAGCGAUGAGAUCAAGCGUCUCAAGAAUUUGCGCAACGAGCCUGUAGAUGAGCCAAAAGUACCGCCUUUAGAAUAUACCACGCCAGCGUGUGAAAGCGAAAUUGCCAAGCUCUUGGAGCACCGCCACUUGUGUUCACGCCAAGCUGAUGGCUUGGCCUCUGAGCCACACCAGGGAGUCGCAUCGCGGAAAGCCAAUCCAUUAAAUGUUAUACCUUGGUCAGACGGUGGUGCUUUUGACAGCCCGUCGCGCAAGUUUGGAUCUCUUCCAGGCGACAACGGCCGACAGGGCUUGAUCAGUUUCUCACUUCAAAGUCAGGAGGGAGUUGUCGUUCGCGCGCCAGCAUUAUUUCGGAUGCAACAAAUAUUCGCUUCCAAAGAUGAUCCCAACAAGGCAUGUUCUGUGCUUGGCAUUGAAAUUUUACAAGGCCCCGGCGGCGUUCUCGUUGCACAAGAUGUGACGGUUGGCGGCUUAUUGGUGGCGUCCAGCACCCUUGUUUUUCUCGACAAGCGUCACCUCAACGCCAAGGAAGGAAUCCCUUCCGGAUAUAAGCCUGUCCAAGCUUUUCCUUCACAUGCUGCAGCCUUUUCGUUCUUCAUUGAGGACGCCCCCGCUAGCACGCUUCUCGUGGGUGAGAAUGUGAUGUUGAAGCGAGUAAGCGGUGGCAAUUGGCAUCCAGUUUUUACCCACAACUCUCGCGACUCCUUGCCUGCCGCUCUCAAGCCAAGCUUAUCAGCACCGACGAGGCGACUGCUCAAUGAUUUCGGGCUAGCCCAAGAGUUUGUUGAGUUUGUUGCACAAUUAGUGGAGCUGAGCCGUUCUCUUCCAGGACAGGAUGCCGAAACGCGACACCAGAUUGCAGAUGCACUUCAAAAGUGCGAAGACACAGGAUCAAUCGCGCCAUUGGAGCAAUUGACAAAAAGGCAUUUCUCUGGCGAAAACGACGGUCUGCAAAGGCUCCUUCAGCAGAAUCUGAGGCAUCAAAAAACUUGUUUUGAAGUUUUGAUGACCCCUGGGUUACAUGACAACUUUGACAUAAUCAACUUUUUGCUUCGUGGAUUGCCAUCUUUGCCCGAGCGAAACGAAGGCCAAUUUGCAUUCAUGCCAGCAAAGCCCGAGGAUAUUGUUGAAAAGUCCGAGGAUGCUGUUAAUCAAGACGAUUAUUUGUUGUUCGAUUUGCCAUCCAACAGCUCGCGUGCUUCUUCAGCUGCAGCUGUCGGGUCUGAGGAGUUCGUCUACGUCUCAAGCGACUCUGAGGAUGUGGAGGAGUCUCGCGCCAGCAGCGCUUUGAGCCUUUUUGAUGCUGACGAAGAAGCUUUUACGCGCAAUACGAGCGUCAAUUCUAUGGAAGAGCCGUGGCCAGCAAGAUCCGUGUGGCAGGUGUAUCCACACCAGCGCCUGUCUGCAGAGUUUGAGCGUGCCAGUGACAGCCUUCAAGGGAAUUUUUUCGGGUUUAUCGUGGAUAGCCCGAUGAAUUACACGAGCCAUGACAUGAACUGGAUUGUGCAAUGUGCUCGAGCCCCCCUUGCCCCAAACUUGCGAGACUGGAUCUUGAAGACGUUUUUGGAUCAAUCUUUUCUUCAGUGCGCUCCUGAGUUGCAGACAAAUGCAAGGAUCAGUGAACACAUUGUUGCCUAUAGCUUAGCAGAGCGGUGCCCGAUUCCCAAUGUGGCUAAACGCUUGAUGGCUGCCUUUGCCCUGCCACACCCCCUCAACAAGUAUUUUGGGCACGUCUCGGGCGAGUUUGGCAUCUAUAUUUGUGACCCGCCCGUGUAUCAACAGCUGCACAACGUGCUGCACAUUCCCAUGCGCACUGUGGAUGUGGAAGUUUUGCGAACGCGUGGCGUGAUUGGUGAAGAUCAGCUACUUUUGGAGAUUCUUGGUCAAUUCAAAGACAACAUCACUCUGGUGUAUGUUCGAGGCAUGGACACCAUUCCAGAUCUACUCCUCAAGUGGUGUGCCGAGUAUACCAAAAGCGUGGCCUACCAUUACAUUUACCUCGAAUCCACAAAUACAACCAAGAACUUUGUAGAGAAUCGAGAUCGCUGCAACACAUCCUUGUAUCAUCCACCUUCAUUGCAAGAACUAGAGCUUGCUGCAAUUUCACAGCCCGGCAUGACCUCACCGCAAGGCGCUACCAACAUUGCUUUGGCCACUUUUGCUCCUCAGUUGGAUAUUUCUUUCUCCGAUGCCAGCUCCCUGGAGAGCCAUCACGCUUGUGACUUUCAAAAGAUGCCCAACACGACAUUGAAAGGCAGCUGGAAGCGGAAAAUGCUGACAUGGCUUGGCUUGAGCAAGGCACAGACUGCAGAGGAAAGUCAGGCAGUGAGCAGCGGUCAGCUUUCUGCUUUUGUUGUGUUUUCGCCGCCUGGAGCAGGCAAAACUCAUUUUUUGGACAAGGUCGUGCGGCCACAAUGGGAGACAGUGGCGCGGCGAGAAGUCAGAGAUUUUGACUGCAGCUCAAAGCAGCUUGUGGAAGAAUCUUUGGCAUCCGUGCUCUCCAGCCGUUGCUCGGGCGCUGCCAAAGAGUUGCUUGUCGUGGCGGAUGAAUUUCAUAUGCUAAAUAAAGCCCAAAAGCUUGAGCUCUUUGCAACACUUGCCGAGAGGGCAUUGAGUCAGCCAUUGCGAGUUAUCUUGAUUGGAAAUCGUCGGGAAAAGGACGACGACGAUUUAUUGGCUGCGUGGAAGGCUAUGCCUGCAAGUGGCAACAUUCAAGACGUGUCAGCGCGGCUUACGGUCGUAGAGCUCCAUGCAAGAAUCGUCCAACUCGGUCUGAAUGAGAACAAACUCCUUUGCUGGUAUGCCUGUUGUCGGGCCCUUUUUUCUGACCAUGUGUUGACCCUGCGCAAUGUUGAGGCAGCCGUCAAAUGCAGAGCCGAGCCUGCCAAAUUGGCGCAUUUGCUGUUUUCAAAAAUGCCCUCGCUUGGCCAGUUGGCCUCUCGUUGCAUCACUGAAGCCAUUUUUAGCUAUGUGGAGCAGUUUGCUCUGGGAUGGAAGAAGGAAGAUCGGGACACACCAGCUUCCGUUGGACUCCUUCGACUACUCCAAGAAAGAGAUGAUGAUCCUUUGCGUCUGCUGGCCAGAGUGGGCCUUGCAUCUGCCUCGUUUACCAGCCAAGCUAGGGCUCAUGCACGUGUCGAGAACACAGAGGUUGCAAACAGCAUUCUCAACAGCGAUGGGAGCGUGGAAAUGCUUGAAUCAGACGAAACAGUCUUGAUGUCCUAUCCCGAAUUUGCUGAUGCUUUCCCAGGAAGCCACAAAAUGCAUCCUGUGCUUCGACUGCGAACGUGGAUUGGAUACAUUCAAUACAGAUUGAGCGAAGAACUUGAGACAAAGAUUGAGCUGGACUGUACGUCGCUAAGGCGCUUGGUGUUGAUUGAUCAGCCGGGAUUCCCACUUAUCACAGGCGUGCUUGCCAUGCAAGGGCAGCCCAAUUUGAGUGAGUGUCGAGCCUGGAGUGAGACUGGUGACUAUACAGACUUGGAAUGGAUUCGCGUCUCCCUGCAGCGAAAUUUGGCUAUCGACUGGCAGCGUGCGCGUGACAUUUGGAGCACGUACUUUGUGACUGAUUGUGUGGCUUUUCUCAACUUGCUGGACGAGGCUCCAAAUAAGGCAGUUGUGCUCUCGGCCGUGGCUCCCAUGAACCUUGCCGCGCUACUCCUGUCGUCUCGCCAUGCCAAGCAUGGACAGCAGCUCGCUGACCUGGUAGUUACCAUGAUGUGCAAAGAUGAGUCUGCUGAACACACACAAGGAAACCUAGGGGAUUGUCUCGAUCCUCUUUUCCUCUCCCAAUGGCUCACGUUUACUUUGCGAACACCAAACCUUUUGACAAAGUUGGUUCCCCAGCAGCGCCGUCGGUUGUUGAUGUGGGCAGCGCAGCAUCUAACCAAGGACCUCAGCAGCACUUUAAAUUCCGAAUGUAACGCUGCCUUGCUUGCGGCUCUCGAAGAAGAAACAUUUCAACUGAUGGAACAAGCUGAUUUUGACGCUGUGCGUCUGUUGUGGUCAAAUCACUUUGCAUCUCACUUUCCAAUACGCACAUUCACUGCCGUGCAAAGUUGCGACGCACAUUUUGUGGUUGCCGACCAGCCGUCAGCACACAGUGCUUGGCCCGAGGAGCUCGGCUGUCUCCAUCGCAUUCUUCAUGGACAGGUUGAGCUGCAGGAUCUCAACCUUUUGGCUAGCUGCUUAGCAAGCCAAGAAAACACAACGAUAGCCGGGUUUCCGCACGAAUCGAGCCUACACCGGCGCUUUGUUCAAAGCUUGGUGAGUGAAACUGUCGUUGAUCCUCUGCCAGCAGCAUGGCAACGAGCACUCGUUGCUCAGGUCGCCGAGCCAUGGAUGAGAGACGAGGACCUUGCAAAAGUCUUACGAGACAAGGAAUACGUCACAUGCAAACUGUUGGCCGGUUUCUUAACAGUACAGCGCGCAGCUGACAUCUUUCCCAAAUGGGACCGCAGGCUGAAGUCGUGCGCUGUCGUCAGAGAACACUUUGUUCAACUAUUUGGUGUGGAUGACCUUCUAGAACGCCAAGGGCAUUUGAAGACACUUCACGAGCAGGCAGUGCGGUCUGAAGAACAACGCCAGAAGGAGAAAAUGAAACACAUUCGACGCGUCUUACCGCACGUGGCCGAGCGACCGCAGAUCUUGCGCUUCUUUACGGACCAAGUUGGUCGGACGGCCCUAGCUCAGCUUUUGCACCAAGGCAAAGCCGAAGAAUUUGACGAAUUUCGCAAUCCGCGCACAAGCAAUUUUGACUUGGCGCGUGAUGGGGCCUUCAAUCAGCAGAAGAUUUUGAUUGGCAAUUUUUUUCGUGAUUGCUUGCACCAAGCCAAUGUCAAAAUUCCGAGCGGGACUCAAGAUCGUGUGAGGGCGCUCUUAAAAAACGGCGGCUUUGACGAUGACGAGUUUAGUGUUGGAUCUGAUUUUGUUCGAAUCAUUACGCCAUAUCAAUCACUCUCCCGAGUGGAACAAGACGCACGACUCCAGCGAUUGCUUGCCGUGCUCCAGCAAGGCCAGAUCCCGUCGAGCGUGACGUCAGUUAAAGAGAUUGCUUUCAAAUUCGAAGGUUUCUCUCAAAACCAGCUGCGAGACAACAUUGCAGAUCGUUUGCACCAAAAAGGAUUUCAAUUGCAGAUUGAACGCGAUGAGGAAGAGUUUUCAUGCCUACUCUUGACGGGCAACUAUUCAGUUGCGUGGGUCAUUUCUGGCAGCUCCUAUGUCAUGACAAAGCGAGGCAAAGCGUCGACUCGACGCAGUCUUCGACGAUUAGCACAAGCAUGUGCAACCUUUCACGCUGCUGGAGGAGGUUUGUUUAUCUUUGGUGACAAUGACCCAUAUGUCCUGCAUGCCAAUGCAGUGCUGGCAGCCGUGGACGUUGGCUGCAGGCUUGACGGCAAUGUAGACGGUAACAACUUUGUUUUGCACAAGGCCAACACCAAUCCGCCCGCAACAGUGGAAAGCAAACGGUCAGGCGGCUGCAUCAACAACGAAGACCACCCAAUCAUGACCGGCAUUGCUACUCUGUUUGAAGGCAUUACCAUUUGUGUACCGGACCCCUCAGACAAGUUCGAAGAAUUCUUUGAUGUUCUUGCUGUGGGCGGGUACAAGCAUGACUCAACGGAACGCCCAGUGCCCCUGAUUUUGGCCAGCAAGGAUGCGCGUCGUGCUGCUUCACGGGGACGCAUUGUGGUCGAUGGAGGAUUUACUAAAUUGUGGUCCAACUGGAAGGUGGGCGGAACAGAUCGCUAUGUUACCAAUGCAACGGCCUGGCUCACGGCCGUUGACCAGGAGUUGGCCAUCAGCCCCAAGCAGGAAGGCAUUUUCUCCAUACCUCGCAAAAGGGUUGGUGCUGAAGUCGCUCUCCCCCCCUCAUUUGAGGGCUGGCUUCAACUAAAUUGUCCGUGA